UAGGUGUAUACACGCCACAUCGCGGUUUGGCUUGGCGCGGCGCGGCACCGCGUUCUUGGCACAGUUUCUGGUCAUCUCCUAUUGCGAGCGGAACUCGCGCGAACGCGCGCGCGUGUGUGUGUUUGUGUGUGCGCGCGCGCUGGACCUCUCCGCGUCUCUCGCCUCCUCGUCAAAGUCGCCGUCACCGUCGCGUCACGACGUCUCCCGCGGAUCUCGCUCUCGUGUGCAACAUCCGCCGCCGCGCUAAUUAAACUUUCCCGAAUCGGCGGCACGCACGACCGUGUGGCACCUGCGCGCGCGACCGAUCCCGAGGGAGAGGAGAGAAAUCGUGACGGAGGAGAGGAGGAGGAGAGAGAGGAAAAAAUGCAGCUAAGGACCUGUUGCAGAUGUUGUUCCCUGAAAACGGGAACACUCUUUAGCGGAGUAUGCGGUAUCGUGCUAGCCGUGAUUUCCCUGAUCUUGAUCUUCACGGUGAACGUAGAAUGGAAAACAAUAAUCAUCGACAUUCUGGACAAGACGGCCGUGAAGAUCAUUUUUGCGAUAAACCUCUGUAUGACCAUCUUGAUCUCUCUGUUACUCAUAAUCGGCGCUUUAAGGAAAAAUACAUUCAUGAUGUUGCCGUGGGUGGUUUUGGGCAUUAUGCUGGCUGUCGCUCUUCUUGUGAGUGUCCUUUACACUGCGAUUAUGUUCUUCGUCAACAGUGAAGUUCUCAACGGCGUUCUCUGGCUCAUUUUCGGUCUAAUUGCCGUCGUGGUGUACACAUACAUGUGGCUGGUAGUGUACAGCUAUUUUCAGGAGCUGAGGAUCGAGAAAAUGAACAAAAGAAUAGGUCCUUAUGGAAAACCGUACAAUUAUCGGCGAGCAUGAGGUCGAGAUUGAACGUGUAGAUACGAUUGCGGGUGUCUGUCCGCGAAAGCGAUCGUGGCUGGAGAACGGCGUGACGACCGCAGCAACCGCUGCCGUUCGUAUAAACAUUUAUAAGCAACGUGUCGACCCGUUGUUACUGUCGGUUGCAAAUUGCGGUGGUUCAUGCCGUUUUCGCAGAUAACACGUAUCCCUGGUUCGCCGAGUGACGUCGGGCUAAAGCCGAUUUUUCUUACAGUCAUUAUUUAUCCGAGUAUAACGACGCGGGAAUAUCUUUUUGUUAAUGUACUGUAAAUCUAUAUGUAAACAACAUCGUAAAAGGUAUUCCUGUCGCAGUUUGCACCAAAGCACGAUAUAUUUCGAUUUACAUGACUGGAUGUUUCACAAGAGCAUCCCAUAAAGUAAGCACAAAGUAGGACACAUUUGUACAUUAGAUUGUAUUUAUAACUUAUAUUACUGUUAUACUUUGUCUAACAAAUAAGUACUGCCGUGAUUUUGAAGAGUUCUGCUUUUGAACGUUGAAUAUUCCAAGUGCAAUUAUUAAACAAUGAUUUUAUAAUAAUAAGCUUUUUAUAUGCUAUUUAAUAUCAAAUUAAAGGAGCAUUAACAGAGAUUAUUAUUUUUAUCGUCUCUUAAUCAAAGCGGAGAAGAGAUAGAUGAUUAGUAAAUUGAGUUAAGUUAUCGACAAAUUAAUCUGCACUAUUAUAAAAUUUACAAAUUGUUUUUUUAUGAAUUUUUGACAAAAAAAGUAUUACCUUUAUUGUUAAAUCGUUGAGACACAGCAGCAAUAACAAAAUAUUAAAAUACAAUAGAAUUCAUAAAUUAGUCAAACAAUUAAUCCGCUUUGCUUUUAGUUUUUUAAAAUUUGUCAAGAGGAAAAACAAAUAGUAUGUUAUGCACAUUAUGAAAUACAUUUUCAUAACACUAUCAUGAAAAAAUUAAUCUGUAUACCUACUUACUGUUUAUUCUUUUUUUUUUAUACAAAAUGUGCCAUUG